AUGUCAUUCACUUUAACACGUAAACCAUCGAGCCCUAAUGCGGUGCGCAACGCACCCGUUCCACAUCCCAGUCUUACAGACAACCGAAGCAGUCUUCUUGAUGGCGGAGACUUUGAAUACCACUUGCCGGUUAAAGAGACUGGGCCUAGUUUGAACGGAAGUAUUGGUAGUGCUGUGUCCGUCUCGACCCUGAGGGAUCAGCUAGUGGAGCCAAGCACAUUUAUGCGCAUCUAUGAUUGCAAGAAGUGUUUCCCCAUUUCUCUGCUAAGAACACGUCUUUUAGACGAUGACAUCAACGCAGUGUUACGGAACGAAACCGAAUAUGUACGACAAUACGUUCUAACUAACAUUAAAGUCUUCGCUAAGCUUCUUCAUUAA